GCAGAGCGAGCGGGCCGGCUGCUGGUGCACCCCUGCGGCGCGGCCACCGGCUGCCGCCGUUCCUAGCCGCAGCCGGCCACAGCCGGGCAGUGAAAGCCUUGCGGCUGAGAGCUGCUGUCUCCUCUUGGUGGGGUUUUUGAUUUGUUUUGUUUUGGUCUUGGUUCGGAGUUUUUUGUAAGCAUUUACCAAAAAGCGGCACAACAAGUGGAUGGUGCCGGCGGAUGCUGGCUGAGCCGCUGCCGUUCGGCCGUGCCUGGGGAAGAAGCUGCAAGAAGCGACAGCCGUCCUGCCCUCUGUGGGAGCGGGCUCGCUACGCGGAUUAUUUCACGUCGAUUUACAAAUCUCCUGCGAAAACUGGGCUUGGAAAGACUAGUGACCACGCUGAUCCAUUCAUUCCAUCUCUCACACACACAAACACGCCGCCUUCAUUUUUUUCCCCUUCGGAGCAGGACUCUCGCUUGUUGCCUUUCGCCAAUGCCCGGGCGAGCAGCGGUGCCAGUGCCUGUGGCUGUGCAGAGCCGCCUCGCCCGCGCACUCCCGGCGCUCUUGUUGCACCCGGGCAGGAGGGAGAGAAAGAACUCGUCAACCUGUGGUGCCGACUGACCGCACACACCUGCAAAUGCAGAGCGGCUGGCAUAGCCCCCUCCUCAGGACUGCUGUCACCAGAUCCUUACAUUAGCAAGAGCGGCUUUGCUGUUUCUCUGCCUGGGAACUGUUAAGUGCUUCUUCUGCAUGACCAUAACCAAAGGGUGACCCAUCCACUCCCUUAUGUCCUAUGGGGACCUCAGAGCCAGCUUCUCAGUCUUCAUCUCCUCCUCCUCCUCCUCCUCCUCCUCUUACCACUGCUGCUGACACCUUGGGUGCUGCUCCCAGGUUUGAGACGUUGUUGACAGGCUGAAGAAAGGAUUUGCAGAGACCUCCUCACUGUGUAAAUAAAGUGAUGGCUGGAAUUAAUGUCAACUUCCCAAGUAAUGACAUUAAACAAUAAGAUUGCUAGACCAAAGCUUUACCAGGAACAAAUUAUGAGGAAAAAGACUAUUUGCAUUUGGUUGCAAUGAUGAACUAAAACCAUCUGUGGAGAGCAGGUACCCUCUGGUUUGCAUAUUUUUUUCCGUCUUGAAUGCAGUCUUUGAAGCCUAUAAGGUAGCUAUGAUUCUGGCUCUGUGAUAGCCACAGGAGAUAAAUGAAAAUAAAAGGGUUUGGUGGAUGAAAGAACAAGGCCUCAGCUGUCCCCUGGUUCAAUUCAAGAGCUUCAUCUUUUCUUAUUACAAACCAGUAGUUUGUGUCAAAUGUUCUGGACAACAAGAAAAUGCAGGUCUGUGGUUCUCCAAAUUAUCAAUUCAGUGUUACAGCUGUGUUGUCCUGCUCUAUGUCCAGCUCAAAUGGCUUUGAGCUUUCUAGCAAAAGUUAAGGUUACACUGUAAAUAAAACAAAAUCGUUUUGCAUUAAGUGAUUAAAAAAAGAAAAAGGCAAGCAGUUGCAAAAUGGAGGUUGCAAUGGUGAGUGCAGAUAGCUCUGGGUGCAACAGCCACAUGCCCUAUGGAUAUGCAGUCCAAGCUCGGGCCCGAGAGAGAGAGCGGCUGGCACAGUCAAGAGCCGCAGCAGCUGCGGCUGUAGCAGCAGCAACAGCAGCAGUGGAAGGUGGGGCAACAGGUGGAGGUGGACCAUAUCACCACUAUCAUCAGGAAGAGAGUCGAGGUGCAUCCUCCUCUCAUGGUGGGAAUGCAUCCCGUGGCAGCAUGCCCCACCGGCAGAGCGGUAAGAGGCGGAAGAAAGGGAAGAAGAGGAGCCACCAUUUAGGAAGUAGGGAGUGUGGGGCCUCCUUCCCCUGUUCUGAGCUGCUGCCUCUCAGUGGUUCUGAAGAGAGAAUACUGAAGGACUUAAGUGAGGAGGAAGAGGAGGAUGAAGAUGAGGAUGAAGACGAUGAGGAAGAAGGAAAGCUCUACUACAGUGAUGACUAUGGGGAGGAUGAGCUUUCAUACUUGGACCAGCCACCUGAUGAUGGUGGAGGCCCUGGGGGUUACAGCUCUGUCCGCUACAGUGAGUACGAGUGUUGUGAGCGUGUGGUAAUCAACGUGUCAGGACUGCGGUUUGAGACCCAGCUGAAGACAUUAGCUCAGUUCCCAGAGACAUUGUUGGGUGAUCCUGCGAAGCGAGGGAGAUACUUUGACCCUCUCAGGAAUGAAUACUUCUUUGAUAGGAACCGGCCCAGCUUUGAUGCCAUCCUGUACUACUACCAGAGUGGUGGUCGGCUGAAGAGGCCAGUCAAUGUACCCUUUGACAUCUUCUCUGAGGAGGUGAAAUUCUACCAACUUGGGGAAGAGGCCAUGCUCAAGUUUAGGGAGGAUGAAGGGUUUGUCAAAGAGGAAGAAGAGAAACUUUUGCCAGAGAACGAAUUUAAGAAGCAGGUUUGGCUGCUGUUUGAAUACCCGGAGAGCUCCACUCCAGCCAGAGGCAUUGCUAUUGUCUCUGUCUUGGUCAUCUUGAUCUCCAUCGUCAUCUUUUGUCUGGAGACUUUGCCAGAGUUCAGAGAUGACAAAGAAUUCCUUGUGUCCCUGAGCCUAGGGAAGGGGCUUUCCAAUGAGUCACUUCACCUGUAUGCUGGGGAACACACCAUCUUCAAUGACCCGUUUUUCAUUGUAGAGACAGUGUGCAUCAUUUGGUUCUCCUUUGAGUUUACAGUGCGCUGCUUUGCAUGUCCAAGCAAAGCACAGUUCAUCAAGAACGUCAUGAACAUCAUAGACAUUGUUUCCAUCUUGCCUUACUUCAUUACACUGGGCACUGACUUGGCGCAGGAGCAGGGCAGUAACGGUCAACAGGCCAUGUCUUUUGCCAUCCUGAGGAUCAUCCGUCUGGUCAGGGUGUUUCGCAUCUUCAAGCUCUCCAGGCACUCCAAGGGUUUGCAGAUCCUGGGUCACACGCUCAGGGCCAGCAUGAGGGAACUCGGCCUCCUCAUCUUUUUUCUUUUUAUUGGAGUAAUUUUGUUUUCCAGUGCUGUUUACUUUGCAGAAGCUGAUGAGCCUGCCACCCAUUUUCAAAGCAUCCCAGAUGCCUUUUGGUGGGCUGUAGUGACCAUGACUACAGUUGGUUAUGGGGAUAUGAAACCCAUAACCGUGGGGGGGAAAAUAGUUGGGUCCCUGUGUGCCAUUGCGGGAGUGUUAACCAUUGCUUUACCAGUGCCAGUGAUUGUCUCCAAUUUUAACUAUUUCUACCACAGAGAGACUGAGAAUGAAGAACAAACGCAGCUGAUGCAAAACGCAGUCAGUUGCCCUUACCUCCCAACAAAUUUACUGAAGAAAUUUAGAAGCUCAUCAUCUUCAUCCACAGAGGAUAAAUCGGAGUAUUUGGAAAUGGAAGAAGGAGUUAAAGAAUCUCUUUGUGUAAAGGAGAAAAAAAGUCAGGACACGGGGAAUAGCAGUGAGUCAGAGAAGAAAAACUGUGUAAAUUCAAAUUCUGUGGAAACUGAUGUGUAAUUUUGAACGUUUCCAAAUAUAUUUAUGCAUUAAAGAGUGCAGUGAAAAUAAUGAAAUAUGCAAUCAAGAGUCCACAGCAUACGGUAGUAUGCCAUUUAAUGGUUAAAUACAAAUAAAAAGCAUUGCUAAACUUGUAUUACAUAUCAAGUAAAUGGUAUAACUCGAGGAAGGGAUUGCUAGAUCUGAUGUAACUUCAGACUGUAUAUUUUUAUUAGAAUGCAAGUGUUUUUGCACAUGAGGCUGAAAAACUCAUUAAAACCAAGUCAGUUUUAAAGUGGGUGCAUGAACUGUCGACAUCACUAAUAACAGCUCUGUGGUAAAAGUUGGCAUUCAGAGGUAUUUACUAUGUAAGAAGCAAUGAAGUUUGGUAGUCAUUUAUCUGUUGAUCAGUGCUUUAAUAGCAGCUACCAUAAAUCAUUGGAUACCAUAGUCAUUGUUUUUUUUCCAAAUGGUAAAUUUAUUGUAAAAAAGAUACUCUACAGAAGAUAGAUUCUAAUUUUUUUUUUUUUCCUUGAAAUCUAUAAUGCUUGUUUUUAACUGGAAAUUUACUUGGAAAAAGGCUGCUGACCCUCCAGAAAUUGUUUAUUUUUAUAACUCUCUUUGGAGGCAUUGCAGCAUUCGUUGUCUAAUAAUGAAAGAAAUGAAGUGAGAGUAUCAUUUAACCUGGUCUGACUGCAAAGGCAAAAUGACUGGAAUGCUUUUUUGCACUACUUUAUAUGCUGGAGAUACAUUGAAAGAGACUUCAUACUGUGAAUGUUUACUAAUGUAAUAGUUCAAUGACAAUCAUUGGAGGAGUGAAUUCUGCAUCAUAUUUUAUUGUUCCUUUUUUUUUUUUUCUUUAUGUGAUGCUGAUGGUGAAACAGCUAACAUUACAUUAAUUCCAUACUCUUUUUAAUUAUGAAUAUCUGUGAACUGAAAAAGGAUUGUGAAGUAAAAUUUUAUAAUCAAAAUUAUUUGAAAUCAGUGUUUUCUACUGAUGCCCUCAAGAAAUACCAACCUAAUUUAUGUCUUUUUCCUGGUUAAUUUAACAUUCAGAGUCUAUGAUUAGAAUGUGCACUUCGUCAGUGUUGAAGAAAUUCAGUGUAUGGGAGGAGAGGUAGAACUAAUAAGAUACUCAGUGUUACAGUACUGACAGUUGAGAAUUGCUAACUUUUAGCAUACUAUUAUUGGUGCUGCAUUUUCCCUUAAUUACAGCUUUCACCCAUGUGUAUUUGAAGCAACAUUUAAGAUCCAAAAUAGGCAUUCUGGGAUUCUAAAUGAACAUGUUGGGUCCCAUGCAGUCCUUGAGAAAACAUUCCGUGAUUUCUUUUCACUGAUUCUUAGGCCAGCUGUAUUUUACUGUGUGUCAAAAACUUCCAUUGCCCUUCCUAGGAGAUUAAGGUAGGUAAAGAUUAUCUGGCCUAUAGUGCAUUCCAGACUCCAGAAUGAAGUAGGUAAGAUACUGCUGCAUAUAACAUAAAUAAUAGAUUGAUAACAGCAUGUUUCCAGGCCUACAGUCACCUAGGGAAGGCACAGUUAAACUGGAACUGUUUUUGAAGAGGCACUGUGGAACAUUCCAGAUGAUAAAACUUGAACCAAAUUGGCAUAUGCACUUUAAGGGCUGGGACAGGCCAUUAUGAGACAAAGGGGCUUACCAAGACUACUGAAUUACAGUAGGCUUGCAGUAUUAAUUUAAAGCUGAAUAGAGGAUUUGCAUGGGGAGAGAACUAGUUAGGGAUUGAUUUAGUUCUGGAGCUGAAAAGCAAUGGUAAAAGCAAUCCAAACUGAGCACCCAUGGUAUUAUACAUAAUAAUAUUACCAGACAGAGCGGUACCAACCAGAACACAGACAUUUAUUUUUCUUUAAUAGUUAGUUUUUGCUUUCAUGGGUUUUCUGUGAACCACCUCUUUGAAAAGUUUCUCUGCUUGUCCUCUUUUGCAUUGCAGAACUAAUAAAACCGAAGAGACACACAAGGCUGUAUUAUGCUGAGCGAGACCUGGUUCAAAAUUUGUGUUUUGAUGUCUGAUUCCUAAUCCAAAAUCACAGAGCAGGCUUCACUGUCUUUUUUGAUGAGAAGCAUUAAACAGAGCUCCUUUUUAGUGUGGUGGUAUUAAUUCCAACUAUGUUUGAAUGAAACAACGUGGUAAUUUCUAUGGGGACAGUAUCAGCAGUGCAGAUGAGCAUUCUGUGAAAUCUGUUAAAAGUCUGUAACUGAAAGUGUUUCUUUAACAACUAGUUAAUGGUGUAAAGGGUGUAAAGAGUGUAAGAGUUCUCUUGUAAGCUAGCUUGUUAGUAGUUCUGUAUAAUAUCAGAGACCAUAUAACGCCAGGAACCAUGGCAAGAAUAUAAGAGUGAAAGAAAUCCUAACUAGGUAAAUAAAGAACUUAGAGGAAAUAAUUAGUAUGUGUUUGCAGUAUUGACUGGUUGAAAGGGAAAGUGGUUUGUUAAGAGGUGGAAUUUUAGAUCUCUAAUGGAAAUAAGGAGCAAAAUUCAUUGAGUAACUCUUAGAAUAUGUUCACACUGUGAACAUGGAGCUCAGCAUGAGGUAACUGCUUCUGUAGUUACCCAGCUUCUCCAGCAAGUCGUUCAGCUAUUCUGCUACCAGUACACAACCUUCUAAUUUAGAACAAGCUUGGUAAUGUCUACAUUAUGCUGUGCUCAUAGCAGUAUCUCACUCUCUAAAGAAAAAAGUCUUACUGUAAAACCUUGUAGCAGUUGGCAGAGCAACGUUUUAGGAGUGUCAGCACUACAUACUGCAGUACUGCAUAUCCUAAGGUUACAGUGGAGCCUGUUCUGCCUCCUGCAGUAAAUAAACCUAUGUACUUCAUCAUUAUAAAUUAGAACUACUGUAGCUUAAUGUCAGAUCAUGCUAUCAGGUUGUUGGCAGAACAUUCUUAAUCCCAGAAAGAACUAUGCAUUCCAGAAUGGAAGCAAAUACCUUUACUUGGGCUGGCAUAUGAUCUGAGAAUUCAACUACCUGUUGUUCCAGUCAGUUACAACACAGCUUAAAAAUGCCAAAGUCCUACCCCUAACUUGCUAAAACCCAAAGAUCCCAAGUGCUUGAAAAGAAACACAGAUUUCCACCAAGGUGAAAUUGUGUGCCAGUGCAAUUCUGUAUUUGAACUGUUAUGGCUCCAGAUUACUAGGACUGCAUCUCUCAGAGCUUUCCCAGUCUUACUGGAUGCUGGCAACUCUCAGAAAAAAGAGUUCUAUUGUCACUUGGGCAUUUUACAUUUUAAAUUAUAGCUGUGAAACGUAUUCCUGAUGUAACUGAUGUGAAUGGAGUUACACUAGGGAUCAUUUUAGUUCCACUAAUGUAGUUCAGAUGAAUUCGUAUUGACAUACAUUUCAGCUAAAAAUAAUGCAAAAUGAGAUAUUUUGAUAUUUCAGGUUCACUUGCAGUGUGAGAAACUUAGGAGGAGUUCCAUUAAAAUUCAUGGGAUUGCAGCAGCAUCAGAUCAGAUCUCAAAUAUAGGCUGAUACUUAACUGUACUGGUACUUAUUUAAAGAUAUUCAUAAAUCUUAAGUGCCAAGGCAAGACUUAUAAAGAGAGAGUUUUGCCAGCUGAAGUAUUGGUUUUAGUGCCUGACUUCAGGGAUCCAUAAUUUUUUUUAUUACAGUCAUGGGGUUUUCUGAAGUUUCAUUGAUUCCUUGAAAAUUUCAUCCUGGAUGCCAAAACUCAGAUCAAAAGAAAUGUUGAGUCACCCUGUUAAGGAGUUCUUGGCAAAGUUUUUAGUGCUCAGUUAAGCUUGCUCAGUAUCAUUCCACAAGAGUCCAAUCCCAUUUGAUGGA